AUGCCUGCAAUCGACCAUGGUGCCUCUAAGGUAUCAUCGUUUGUGAGCUUGGUGAAAACCAUCAUCGGUGCUGGAAUUUUAUCAAUGCCAUAUGCUUUUUCCACUGACGGAGUGGCGUGUGGAAUUUUUAUUGUGUUGUUAGCAGCAGUCACUUCCGGCUAUGGUUUGUUCUUGCAAGUCUACGUUUCCAAAUACGUUCCACCAGCUCAUGCGACAUUCUUCAACUUGUGUUCCAUUACAUACCCGAAUCUCUCUGUGGUUUUUGAUUUAGCCAUUGCAAUCCAGUGCUUCGGAUGCGCCAUUUCAUACUUGGUGUUGAUUGGCGAUAUAAUGCCCACCAUUGUGGAACAUGUACCUGGAAUCAGCCCAGAGAACAGCCGCACCUUCUGGAUUGUGGUUUCAGCAUUGGUCUGUUGGCCACUCUCUUUUCUCAAGAAUUUGGAUUCUCUCAAGUACACAUCGAUUCUCGGCUUGGUGGCAAUUGCCUAUAUGGUUCUAUUGAUUGUAGGACAUUUCUUUGCAGGUGACAUUCCACCAUCUGCUCGUGGAGAAGUUCGCUGGUUCCCAAAAUCUUUAACUGCAGUGUUUUCGACUUUUUCAAUUGUGGUAUUUGCAUUUACUGGCCAUCAAAAUAUGUUCUCCAUUAUCAACGAGGCGGCAGACAAAUCCUUGUCAUCCCUUAGCACCUUGUCCAACUUUGCCAUCACUUGUACUUCAGCUUUGUUCAUUGCCGUGGGCAUUUCGGGAUACUUGACCUUUGGUGAUUUAGUGCUGGGGAAUGUCAUCCUUCUGUACCCCAACGCAUGGACUACUACUUUAGGUCGCAUUUGCAUAAUCUUCACUAUGGUAUUUUCUUUCCCUUUGAUGCUUCACCCAGCCCGGAUUUCGGUAAACAAUAUCUAUUACUGGACCAAAAUCAACGUUUUUGCCUCUCGCCAGCAAGAAACAUCUGCAAAUGAGUCAACAGCAUUGUUGGCUGAACAGCCGGAAGAGAUCCAUGAAAGUCAGCUCAAACCUACUGUCGUCCCAUUUCCGUCAUCAGUAUUUUAUACCAUCACUAUUGGCUUGCUCCUUGUGGGAUACACAUUAGCUGCCAGUAUCACGUCAUUUGCUCUUGUAUUGGCAGUUGUGGGAGCCACUGGAUCUACUGCGAUUUCAUUCAUCUUGCCUGGAUUGUUCGGGUAUAAAUUGAUUGGGUCUGAAACUGAUGAUCCAAGUAACUUGGAGCGUCUCUUGAAAUUACUUGCAUUGUUAUUAGUAAUCUGGGGCUUGUUUGUGAUGGUUCUUUGUCUCUACGCUAGUGUCGUGUUGUAA